GGCGGACAGUGCUGUGUCAACUGCGGAUUCGUCUGAGUGGGACUUGUUGGAUGCGCGCGACGCGAGCAUCCUGGACUGGGAGGUUCUGUCGAGCAUUCGUUGGGCUCCUACGGACGACGAUACGCGCUCGGUGGCCGAAUCUCUCGCGUCCAACGUGUCCCUUUGCACGGCGAUUGGCUGGCCCUCCUUGAGCCAUGCGGCACACUCAGGGGAGCUCUUGGACAGCCCACCCGCUCCGGCUGGUGACUUGGUAGAGCGCAAUGAUGCCGUCGUUCACCCUGGAUCCAGCGGACAUGUCGGACUUGCAAUGGGCACGAUGUUGGUCUCGCUAGCGAUUCGUACCAUGCUACGGGUAAAGACCCACACACCAGACCCGAAAGUUGACAUCCUGAGCCCUGCUUUCGGCGUUUGCUGGCUUCCGAGUGUUCCAGGAAUCUCGUACAAAGACGCCCUCAUGAAUGGAGCUGGAGGUCUCGACACGAACAAGGCCUCGGAAAUGGCACGGGGACCAGUUCCCCAGCCGAAUCGCUGCUGCUUUGUGCGCCUCGGCCAGGGUCAGGCGAGGAACGGCUAUCGACGCGUGCCUCAGGCAGCGAUGCCCGCUCCCAGUGAGGACCUGGACGCCGACCAGGAUUGGUACCUGCGCAAGGAACACGGCUCUUUGCUUGCCAGGCGACGCUGGCGCUUCGACCGGCGCCCAUUCCUCAAGGACCAGGAAAGGCGCUCCGGACGUUCUGCACCCAGUUGGGAGUACGAGUUCGGCAGCUCCUCUGCAGGCUACUGCAUUCCGGAGGAAGAAUGCGAAGAUGACGAGCCCCUCUGA